AUCAGUAUAAAUCAGUUGUUUUUUGUAGGAGGUUAGUCAGUGAACAUUACUGAAGAAACAGCUUAAUAAAGGCCAAGUACCACACCAUGCAGGUUAGGGAGAAAGUUGUGAAGACAUGCAGAGCAGGGUUAGCUUAUAAAACAAUAUCCAAAGUUUUGAACCUCUCACAGAGCACUGAUCAGUCCAUGAUUUGGUACCAACUCCAAAUCAUGGACUGAUGUGGCUUGUGUGAUACAAUGGCAAGAAGAAAGGAAAUUCUGUUUACAUUUUUGCAAUUAAUUUAUGUUGGUGGAAAGCAUGUAGAGGCAGGUGAUCUGUAUGUAGCCAGCAACAACUAACAAAGUACAUCACCUUUAGCGCCCCGUCCUAAACCAUGAACAAGGUAAAAGCCCAGAAAAAAGAAUCGGCAGCAUCAUGCUAGGGACUGCUUAUUUUCAGCAGGGACAGAGAAGCUCGUCAUCUGAUGAGAUGUGCUGAGUUAAAUAGAGGCUUCAAAAUUUCGACUUCAAAAUUUCUGUUCACAGACAAGAAUCCAUCCAAUCUGACUGGGCUUCAGCUAUUUUGCAAAGGAAACAUGUCAUCUGAGCAACACUUCCUGAUUCCUACUGCCAAUUCUGCAGCUUUUGCUCGUUAAACUGUCUCCUUCAGGGCAACGUAUAGGCUGACUGUCGAUGUUCCUACUUCUGUAUGAAGAUUUGUGAGCGCCAAUGGGGGCUGAGGGCUGAGCAGGGCACUCCUCAUACACUCAGUUCCUUAUUUUGAUUAAUGGCAGUCAUGAUUUAGCACCUGCUGUUUUAAUGUGGCCACAGUAAGAAUCUGAUCUCAACUUGCUUGCGUGAGCUGUGCCCCCAUUUUAAAUAGCAGCCUAAGUUUGUCAGCUUUGUGUAAGCCACUUCAACCUGUUUACAUGUUGUGAUGCCUCUAACAUAAGGAAAACCUCACGGAAACAUUACAGUUAAGACCACAAAUCCCCCAGUAAUUCUGCUUCUAUAAGGAUAUAAAAAAACAUCUAUGGGUUAAUUUAGCAUGCACUCAGAGAUUACAAAAUAAUUUUAUAAUUAGAAGUCACAGACACUCCCACAGUCUUUUUAUAUUAAACCUGACACAGCAGCAUUUUAUGAGGGGUCAUAUGUUAAAAUGGUUAAGGACAAUUUUAUUAGCUGAUCAGAUGUCUUAGAUUUGCUUUUAUGUAAAAGAUUAAUCUGUAAAUAACUACAGCUGUCGAGUGAAUGUGACGGGUUGCAUUUUAUAACACGACAGGCUGCAGAGGCUCGAACGGCCAUGUAAAUGAAAUACUCGGGCUAAGUUCUGCAAACUUCAAACAGUGUGCUUGUGGCGUUGCUCAAAAGCAUUGGGGGGGUUCUUCCUUUUUAAGGUUUCUACUGCUGCCUCCAUAGCUGCACCAUGACACCUUCUUCAUGUUACCGACAAUGAGACUAAAUGUGGGAUUUGAGGGUGUCAGAAGCUUUAUACAGGUGGCCUCUGUCCUUGAUACUGCUGUCGGUGUGCCCUCCACAUGCAGCAACUGUUGGCCUACUCCCUCCCCACCGCAUACCACAAAUCUGGGGCCCUGUCCAGGAACAACACUUGUGUCUUCAAAACCUAGACAGACGUCUGACAACUGGAUCCCUGAUAUGCAGGGCAUCCCAAUUCAGUCAUGUUAAGGAGGGAGAGAGCUUCACUACUAAAAAUGUUUGGGACAAUAACAUCUGCAUAAGAAUGAGUCUGUCUGUCUGUCUGUCUGUCUGUCUGUCUGUCUGUCUGUCUGUCUGUCUGUCUGUCUAUCUGUCUGUCUGUCUGUCUGUCUGUCUGUCUGUCUGUCUGUCCAAGAUAAUCUGAAGGAGAAUUCUUUGUAAGCAGCUGUUUCGGCAAGUGAACGUUGAUCCGCUGGGCGUUGCUGUGUCUUAUGUUAUAAAUACCAAUAUGUGCUGCUGUGGAUAGAGAUAAAUCAAAGCAGCAGAGUGGUUCAUUUUUUUUCUUUUCACUUUAUAUCAAAUUACAUUUUAUUUUGGGAACAAACGUCACCAUUUUUUGCUCAUCUUAUAUCAAGCUUAUGCGUGAUAUUUAUUAACCGUCUUUAUUCGAGUUUAAUAAAAGUCUGAAACAAUAACAGCAUACAGUGUUAUUAUGAAGAAAAACUCAUCCUGCAUUUUUUUCUUCAUUUUCUCUCUAAAUUUUCAGCCCUGUCUUUUUCCUUUCUCGUUGGCAUGUUGUCCUCUUUCUUCCAUUCUUUCUUUGCUUUAUAAGAUUGGGACAGGCUGCUUGUAUCUAUCUAAGAAUGCAUCAGACUGACCGAUCUGAGGUCAUGGCACCAUGCAGCAGAGAUGCUGCUGCGGUCUGUGGGGUGGAAAAAAUGUGGCCACCAGCUGGAACCGACCAGAUGUGCAGAAAACUUCCUGUUGCUGGAAACGUUUUAAGAAAAUUUGCCUCCUUUAAACAGAAAGCGUUACUGGUUUUAUUUGAAAACAGCCAAGACUUUUACAAAAGCUGCAGUAAGAAACGGGCGAUUUUUUUCCCUCGCAUGCCAAAAUAACAAAGCAAAAACCAAACAAAUAAAAACGAAAAAAGGAGAAAGCAGAGAAUGUCUAACAGCUAAUAAAGACUCAGAGUAAUCUACUUCUCAUAAUGUCGCAGCUAAGAUGAAAACUCUUACCUUCAUUCCCUCUGAGGAGGAGCUGUUCUUCUAGGAGAGGUGCUGAAAACGUUGGAGGUUUGUUUUAGAGUUACAAAAAAAGACGUCUGACAGAGUCGUGGGAAUUUCUGUGGGACUCCCCCCAACACACACCCCUCCAUCCUGUCUCUCAGCCACUCACACAUACACACGCACACACACGCACACGCCAACACACGCACACACCCUCCCGACUGCCCCCACGCUCCUGCCUGCAGAGUUUUCCGUCCAGUGUCGGAGUAACAUCGUAAACGAGGACCACCUGACGGUAAGUCCGGACUAAAUGGAAGCAGCGGAGAAAACUCUCACUUACCGAGAUGACACCGGACUUCACAGCAACAAGCUGCUUAAACAUAUUAAAACGGAGGACAGCGAGGACCAGCACACGGAGACAAACUGCGAGGAGUCUAAUUAUGUGGAUCUGGACAUGAGACCCGACGGACUGAAGACGGUGAAAGUGACUUUCACCGGAGAGGGGAACCAGCUGUCUGUGAUCAAAGCGGACAGCUCGAAGCAGGAAGAGAGCAAAACCGCCUCGGCCGAGUCCCUGCUGGAAACCCUGACCAAACUCCCCACCGCAGACCCGGACUCAGAGAGCGAGAAGCAGGCUGAGUUGGACUCCAGCGAGUGCAGCGACAGCGGCGAGCUGCGCUACACCGACAUGUGUCUGAACGGCAAGAGCGACCCCGAGCUGUCCGAGUCCCACUACAUCACCACGCACGAGAUCCAGCUCACUGAGCUCGACCACGACGUGGACUACGACCUGGGCCGCGGGACCCGCUGGGAAUUUGAGGACGGCAACCUGGUCUACGCCUUUGUGGAUUACGCCUCUUUCGAGAGCGACGACACCCGGGAGGGCACCCUGAUCGUGGAGCGCGGCCGGAGCCAGCCGAAGGCGCAGUCUAAUCUUAGCGGGGCGGCUGUCAGCACCGAGCAAGAGGAGAGUGAUCUGUGCGCCAGUUCGGAUGAGAGCCUGUGCAGAACCCAGAGCGGCGGUGACCCGUCUGCGGGGAAGAUCCACCUGUCGAUUAAAACCUCCUCCAGGGCGGUGAACGACCCCGCAGGCGUGUUUGACAAUAGCGCGCAGUGGUGCGCCAAACACCUUGGAGAUGGGAGCCAUUUCUCUUUUGUGAACCCUGGCGCCAGAGCGGGGCCCCCGUGCGAUAGGAGUCAAUAUUUCAUCCCGGCUCCGGGCCGUCAGCACCUUGCAACCAAACUGAGACGGAAAGAUAUUAAUGAGUAUUCCAGCGGAGCGUCCAGCUCUAUCAGUGAGCUGGACGACGCUGAUAAAGAGGUGCGUAACCUAACCGCCAAGUCUUUCCGAAGCCUGGCAUGUCCAUACUUUGAUGCCAUCAAUCUCAGCACUUCCAGCGAGUCAUCCAUGUCAGAAUAUGGCCUGAAUAAGUGGUCAGCUUAUGUGGACUGGAAUUAUGGAAACAUUUCACACAAUACCUCCAGUACUUUCCCACUGGAAAUGAAUAAGACAGUGCAGGAUAGUAAGAGGAACAACAGAUGCAAAACUGGCAUGAAAGAUCAACAGACAAGAAUCUGCGCCCUGAACAAGAGAAUUACUUCACAGCAGACAUCUUCAGGCAGAGCGCUCCAAAUGAAGGAACAGUCGGCACAGCAAGGGGUUACACUAAAUUUUCACUGUAAUGUUGAAUCCAGAACUCCCCAGGGCACCAAGUGCUUCCAAAAGGAUCGACCCAAUGAAAUGUUGGCCAGAUCGGCGUGUGAGAUGCAGUAUCAUCACACAGAUACCUCGGGGGACACACACAAGAGGGCUAUCUUUGCCUCGAGUCUGCUGAAAAAUGUCAUUUCCAAAAAAAUGCAAUUUGAACAGGAACGCAAAAUGGAGAGGGGAGAAAUCUCAGAUACUUACCCCUCAGGGUCUCCCUGUAUUCACUUUAGAGAUCUGGAGGGCGUGAAAGAGAGGAGUGAGAGCAGAGGCUUGCAUGGGCAAACCUCAGAAUUAAGAAACUCUGUGAACUCCCCUGAAGAUCACAGAUCCAGAGCCAGUUCCUGUGGGCCUGCAGAGGAGACAAAGGGUGACAGAAAGGCUGCCGAUUGUUCAGGAGAGCAUCAGGAUACACCACAGGAGCCACAGUCUGGGAAGGAGACAGACUCAGCAAGAGAAAGACUGGACUCCAGUAGCGUUCUGACGAAGCUUCUGUUUGUUCCAAACUGCCAGCUUCUUUCAAAAGACGGAAACCUGGCAGAGGGUUUAACCCCCAGCACACCCGCCACAGGUGCAAAGACAUGCGAGAAAGACCUGCAAAAGUUGGAUGAUAAAAAUGCAGAAAGUAAAGAAAAACAUGAGAGGGUGGGGAAAGCACCCGAGAUCAAAAUCUGCCUGAGAAACGUGAAAGAAAACAAAGGCUGCACUCUGAAUAUUGCAAAUCUCCUAACACCCAAAAUCAGUAGCAACAUCAACAAAUACAGGGCAGCGGACAAUGGCAGGUGUCACAUUUUAUCCUCAGGAGACAAGGCUCCGAGUUUCACCGUCAGAGACAUCAGGGACACAAAGUGCAAAUUUCAGACACCAAUAUAUCACGUCAGGGAUGUGCGUAAGUUAGUGAAAAGCUCGUAUCGUUUUGUCUCUUUGAACAGAAGUGACCGUAGAUGUUCCACAGUGGCCGAGGAGAAAACUAAAGUGGAUCCAGAAAAACCAUCCCCCAUUGUGAUCAAAUGCAACUCUGUUAAUACAAACAUUAAACCAGAGUCAGACGACACAACACGGGCAGAAGUGGAGGUAGACACCAGGCCUGACACCUCCUGUAGAGUUGCCACUGUUACGCCAAGACAAGGAAAUCCCAAUCAGCUUGAGAUGCAUCAAAAUCGUGAGGCCAAACUGGAAAAACAGAGGCAGGAUAAGUUCACUGGGGAGACAAAUGAAAGGAGAAAUGACCCCACAAUGCCAAAACAGGAUGCCCUAGAAAAGCUCAAGGCUGCAGUUAAAACCAUGGAGCAGCUUUAUGUUUUUGACAGGAAUGAAUGGAAGCGUAAAACCCAAGCCUCUCACCCGGUCGCAGACAGCCACGUGCUGCCUCUCCUCACCAUGCAGGAUCAGGGAGCUGCAGAUGAGCAGGAGGUGAAAAACAGUGGCAGGAUACCUCAGUCUCUCACAAACGGCAAAGAAAUUCAGAAAAGCCAAGGAGAUAGAAGAUCUCUGAAUAUCAUUCAUGUUCCAUACAACCAUGACGCUUUUAAAACACAAUCACAGCAAAGUAAAACCUUCACCAACAAAAGUGUCCUGCAUUUUGCCAAUAAGGAACACAGCAGCAUAAAUGCACAAGAUUCUGCUUUGCAAGCAUCCUCGGUAGUGAGAAGCUCCAAAACGUCGACAAUUAAACCAGCAUCUGUAAAAAUGGUGGGUAAGGAUAAGGCCAAAUCCAGUUUCACAGAUCCCACCACUACAAAGGGUUUCCUGGACUCUGAGAACUACCUAACCAUGCCAGGGAUUGGCUGCACGAAUGAAACCAAGCUGCUCAAUCAGAAGGGGGAUUCAAGUUUUACCAAAACAAAUUCAGGUGAUAGCAAGGUCCCAGAGCAAAACAGGUCAAAUGUAACCAUGGACUGUCCAUCUGCAACUAUCUACCACCUUCCAACAGCAGCGACAAGUCCUCAAAAUCAGCAGCAAGUGUUACGCUUCUCCCCCUCCAUCAAUAUGUCCCCAACCCCCUCCGGAGGAGAAAUAGUCCCUCAAACCCAGCGCAAGAUGCUCCUGGACCCCACAACUGGACAUUAUUACCUGGUGGACACGCCCAUACUGGCCACCACCAAGAGACUUUUCGAUCCAGAGACAGGCCAGUACGUGGAUGUCCCCAUGCCUCACUCACCCAUCUCGUCCGUCACACCCGUACCUUUUUCGCUACCCCCCCUAGCUCUCGCCCCCACCUACUUGGUCUACCCGGGCUUCAUCUCUCCUACGUUGGCAGCCCAGGCGGUGAUGCCACAGUCCCCCUGUCACUCAGAGGAUGCAGCAGGAGAAAGCAUCAAAAGUAAUCAGAUGAGCCCAGGUACAGAGAAGGCUUACUACAGCGCGACGGCAGAGGCUCAGCAGGGGCCGCUUCAUCUGCCGCUGAGUUUGGGAUAUGUGUCCACUAAAGGAGGGCCUGGAAGCUCUGACAAAAAGGCACUUAUCAGCAUCACAACACAGCAGGGUCCAAGAAUCAUCGCUCCACCCUCGUUUGAUGGGAAAACUAUGAGCUUUGUGGUUGAGCAUCGGUGACCAAGAGGACUUCUCUUCAAAUAUAUAACUCCGCUGAGGAAUCCGCCUUCAUUCACUGUAAGUGGAGUUUUCAUCCUGUGACCCGCUUUCUGGACAACUUCCACCAUCAGCCCUUCACCUGUCUCUCUCUGUUCUGCUGUUUGUUUUGGGGUUUUUUUCUGUAUGCAUUGUAGCACUUUAUAGAUAUGAAUCGUAGAGAUACUUUCCAUUCAGGUGCUGUGUAGAUUGGUCUGUAUUUAAAUGCCAUGUGUGCCCUGCAGUCUAUUCAAAAGGAAACAGUCACAAUAAAGUGUUAUUUACGGCCAAUCUGUUUUAUUAAUACGUUUAUGGUAAUAUGUAUUUAAAGUUAGACUGUGUUUAUUUGAUAAAACACAAUUUACUCACAUGAGUAAAAUUUAUGUACAUAAAAAAAUAAAAGUAGCAUCAUUGAAGUCAGAAUGUUUGUUUCUAGAACAUCGUAGUCUGGUGUCACCUGACUGAGUCUGCUUGAUGACAAUAAAUAUUAGCUAUCUGGGCCAUAAUGCCAUGGCUUUUAAUAGAGGUAUUACAAAGGUAUAACUUAAUACAAACCAAAUUUAUUGUCGAGACACAUUUGUUUGUUAGCUUGUGCUCUCAUCACUAUUUUAUUGACAGUUUGCUAAAUACAUAUUUUUAAAAAAACAUUUCUGAUUUCAGCAGAGAAAUUGUAGCAAACUGGAAGUUAAAUGUUUCUCUUCCUGGUCGAUCCGUUAUUGAAGGCCACAAGGGAAACAGAGUCAAUCAGAAAUUCUAAACAUUCUUUCUGGGGAAUCCUACUGUCUGAUGUUACUGACAUCCUGGAGCGAUCACAUGUUAUCACCUUGUUGCCUUAAUGUAUUUAUAGUGACCUAGAAAGAAAAAUAAUGUGUGUAUUUGUUGUCAAGGAUAUUCUAAAUGAAGUACAGAUUGUCCAUUUGAAUGUGGCUUAAAUAAAAGAUAUAGGGGUAGGGUGGCAUACCAGACCUUAUAUCCCACCCAUAUGUUUGUAUUUUCUAGCUUUGACCAAUAAGUAGAAAAUAUCCAGAGCAGUUGACCAAGAGCAGCAUCUUUACUUCAUUUGUUGGUGGUUUUGACAAGCUUGGAAGCAUUUUAGUAUGGUAAUUUCCAUUUGUUUGGCAAAGAUACAAUUGUUGAACUACCAAGACUUGAACAUUUUGAGGUUUCUCACCAACUAAGACUGCCACUUCUGUUCUAAUAUCUAUGUGGUCAAAGUUUCCUAAGUAGCUAAGUAGAUUAAAUGCUGAGAAAUAAGUUUUUUUUGGCUUGUGAUGCUAAAUAAACAAAUGUUUCUAGUGUGAAGACUAGAAACCUGAUUACGAAUAGGUUUGGCAUAACACAUUUCUGAGAUUUGAGCUUUGCCUAAUGAAUGAUGACUAUAAGCCUAGGCACCAGUUUAAUCUCAUGAAGAUAAUAAAUUAAGGAUAAAUUACUCAGCUUAAUCAUCCUUCAAAAUAAAACUCUGGUCUUUCAAGAUUAAGAGAGGCUGGUGUUAGAGUUUGUUUCUUUAGGCUGAUGUUGACUGAGCAUAGAUAUAAUUGUAUAUAUGUGCAACAAUUAUUACUUUUUUAUGUGACAUAAUGGCUUAAUGCAGACAUGGUAAGUUAUUUUAUUGAGCUGAGUAGCUUUAAGCAAAUCAUCUCUCUCUGUUGGCACACAUAUAUAGAUAAAUAUAAUUCUGACCUAUCAAUAAUAUCUAUCGGGCUCUUGUUCAGAUUCCUGUGGAGGCAUUCCUGACACAUCCAAGUAGAAAUAAAAGAUCAGAGGAUGGGCCCAGAAUACCCUGAAGGAGUUGCAUACCCUGUCCUGCACUGGAAUGUCUCAAGGUCCUCCAGGAAAAAUUGGAAAAUGAUGCUAAAUGGAGAGAGUCAUGCUAGCUACCUGGACCAGCAGAGGGGGGAAAAGUUCGUAUUAGCGCAUGCUAAUGCAGUAUCAGUAUGCCAAAGUGUAAAAUGAACUUUGAAUCCCCAAAAAGUAAUGACUGCAAAGUCUAAAUGGAUAUGGACUUGUUAGAGUUGUCUUAAUAAAAGAUGAGAUCAUGUGGAUUACUGCUGGAUAAAAGUCCUCUAAACUACUUUCAACAGUGUCGUUUUGCAUUAAAAAAGGAUAUAAAUACUUGUGAUUUUUCACACUUAUCUGAGGAAAGGGACCAUUUACUGAAUGCUGAAUCACUCCAGACCUUCCGCUGCAGUGUGUCUGGCACCACACUGGCACUCCAUAUGUAAUGGGCCAUAUGGUCCAUUACAUAUGGACCAGACAUAAAUGUAAAAUCAUUACAUUUAUUUUCAAGUAAAUAACAGUCAUAUCAAAAGAAUCUGGUUUUCCUUUGUGUGCUAUCACUAAACCCUUCCACAGUAACUUUUUGGCAUCAGUCAGCUUUUCUGUUGACAUCAACUCCUUGUUGCAUUGAGUCAAAUGCGUCUUAAUGCCCACCAGCAUGAUGUAUAAAUGAAGUGUUUUAUUAUUAAUAAUAAUAACAUUAUUUCCUUAAUGCACACCUCUUGUUUUUACUAGUGAGGUGAGAUGAGUAACACUAUGCAUGUUGCUCAGAUGAAAACAGAGCUACGACUCAGAUUUAGCACUGAGCUCAGGUCACUAUAAGUAGUGUUGGGCCUAAUGAGUCGGAGCCAACUGAGACAUUUACAGGAUAACUUCCUCUAUUUGUCUUGGUUCAGUUUACACUUUUGUGUAAUGAGAUGGGAGCGUGUGUGCUUGCGUCUGAAUGUGUCCGUGUUUGUGGUCGUGAGCUAUGCGUGGCAUUCGAGCAUUCUGUGAGCACAACGAGGAGUUGCGUUACUUCCCUGCAAACAGGAUCACACAGAGUGUACAUGUGUGAAGCGUGUCUUUACGAUUAGCACACACUGUAAUACCAGGUUUUAAAGACACUUUAGAGCGAGCUGUUUGGUGCAAAACUGUAAUUAGAAUUACUAUCCAAAAUGAAUUAAGUACCCCCCCCCCCUUGAUCCUGUCUUUUUCCAUAUUUAAACAAUAAUAUUUUGAUUCUUUUUAAUACAUUUUCUGUCCUGUUUCCCACUGAACAUGCAGCAGGGCCUCAUGAACCAGCAUCCCUCUGAGCAUAAUACCAACUGUAGAUUUGCUAUUUGCAGAAUGUUGCGAAACUAAGCACAAACUAAAAGGUAUUUGGAGCUGCUGGUCAGUCUACUUACCUCCAUUUAAAAUACAUAUCAUUUCCCCAUCUCGUGCCCUAAAAGUUUAUUUUACUAAGAUUAGUCCAGGUUUUGAACACAUUUUGCUAACUUUUCUGAAGGGUUUUCUCUCAAGAGCCUAAUUGACAGUGCAAUGUUUGAUGCAAUUUGAGGUGCAUUGUAGCCGGAAGCUGUUGGGGACAGUUUAAAUCAAGCUACUGAGACCUAAACAACCUGUAAGAAAAUAAACACAGAUCACCUGAAAACUUGACAAAGCGUUUGCAGUGUUGGAUGACUGAAAAAAAUUGCAUUUCUCUAAUUUUUAAGAACUUUUAAGCUUAUUUUACUGGAACAUGUGAAAUUUGAAAUGUAAAUUUUAUUUCUUUCUAUUUUCUAAAUAUUGCACUUGGGCGGUCACCAACAAUGGCAGCACUAACUGUAAAGGGCUGUAACCGUGGGUGACAAAAGCACUAUUGAGACAUUUUUAUUUACUAUUUUUAUUCUUUAUGUAAAGAAUAAGAUGCAGGUUAUGUUAUACAGUACCUUCCAAAAGUAUUAAUACCUUUGGUCAAAAUAUUUUGUUGGAAUUUUAUGUGAUAGAUCAAUAAUAAGAUGUCCAUAACUGUGAAAGGGAAUAAAAUGCUCCAAAAUAAUAAUACUUUUUUUUUUUUUACAAAUAAAUAUUUUUAUUGGUGAACCUUUGACCCCGUCUCAGGUCUUUUGCAGCCUUCAACAGGCUUUCUUCCCAAACUGACCUGUCUUUUGCUUCAUCCAUCUUCCCUGUUGUGACAGAACAGCACUCCCACAGCAUGAUGCUGCCACCACCAUGUGUCAUGUUGAGGAUUGUGUGUUCAUGAUGAUGUUGGUUCUUCAUCACACAACAUUUUGCACAACAUUAAGGCCAAUAUUACUAACAUUAAAUAUAGCAACAAUUUUACUUAGGAAUAGCAGAACAAAUGAGGAUGUUCUGGUUGAAUAACCUCUUUUAGCCCUCUCCUAUUGUUUGAAAAUAAUGUUUAAUUUUCCUCAGACCUCACAAUUAUGUGUUCCUUUGCAUUAAUCUAUCAAAUAAAAUCCUAAUAAACCUUUCAAGGAUGUGGUUGUGAUGUGAUGAAAGGAUAAAAUAGGAUGAAUACAUUUGCAAGGCUCUGUAUGUUUUGAAACUUUGUCAAGGAGAACUUCAGGAUCAUGGCAUCGUGUGUGAAUGACACAUCAACGCAGGAGCAUUUCUUAUUUUUUGCUUUCAAAAAUGAGGCAUACAGAGAGGAUAAUCUGUCUGAAAUUGGUGUCAUAGCUGAGUUAAACAGCAUAUGAAUCAUGAAUCAUAAAUGGUGACGGUGGUGUUCUGUACUAUUCAUGUGCCAUGUCAUGAUAUCUGACGGGAUUUCAGGAUUAAACAUGGGAAAAUGACAUUAUCAGUGUUUUGUAUAGCGGAUGAGGAAAGUGUUAAGGUGAGAUGGUCUGAGAUACGUGCAUAGAGAAGGUUUAAAAAUAAGUCGCACAUGACUGAACUCUAUUCUGUUGAAUUGAUGCCAUCAGUGAUUUAAAACUGCCGUCUGUGCCUGUGGCGAAGGUAAAGGUCAGGAUGCAAAGUAAAGGGACUACUUUGAAAGGGGAAAUUGAAUGCAAAUUUUGCAUUUACUGUACCAUUCACUGUACUGAAAAGAAUAAGUGUGAUGGAUGGAUGUAAUGUAGACUGAUAUAUCUACAUUUGUUUGCAAUAAAUGUUAAAAUGCAAGACA